AUUUCCGGCUCCCUUCAUCACAGCGCCGAUCACAUGACGCCAUUUGUUGAGCAGCGUUCGGGUUAGCUACACACACCCGUGAUGCUGGCUAGCUAGCGCCGGACUCAGCGUUGUUAAUAUCAUAUAAGCUUGAAAAUUGAUACAUCUUUGUUUUCGCCAAGGACCUUUCAAGUGAAGCUAGCUAGCUGUGCCAAGUUGAGUUGCCUUCGAAGCUGCGAGAAAGGAAAAGAAGCAUCGCCAUGAAUGUUGACGGCGUUAAUCAGUCCGUCACCACCGGAGCUUCUUCUAAUGUCACCACGUCUACAACUGCGAGUAAUUGUAUCACGAAUGACAACGCAACAACUAACGUCCCUUCCAACACCAGCAAUGCCUCAACAUCAGCCGCCUUGGUGACGUCAUCAUCAGACUCCUCAGUCUCCAAUGGAGUUUAUGCUCCUGGAGGCAUCACAAAUGGAGACAUAAAGCCCAACAUUUCCACAACCCCACUGGCUGACUUUGUCAUGCAGCUGGAAGAGUACACACCUACGAUUCCUGAUGCAGUGACGGGUUACUACCUGAACCGGGCUGGUUUCGAAGCUUCUGAUCCAAGAAUAAUCCGUCUGAUCUCCCUUGCCUCUCAGAAGUUCAUCUCAGACAUUGCCAACGACGCACUGCAGUACUGUAAAAUGAAGGGAACUGCGUCGGGAAGCUCGAGGAGCAAGACAAAGGAUAAGAAGUACACUCUAACAAUGGAAGAUCUGGGUCCUGCCCUUUCAGAAUACGGCAUCAAUGUCAAGAAGCCGUAUUACUUCACAUAGAACUGCAGUGUCUUGCUUUACCUUUAUUACAUUUGACAUCACAGUGAUUUGAUGCAGCUUUGACUUUUUUGUUGGUGGUGGCACCUUUUGAAUUUUGUUUAUUUGUAAAUUUACAUUUUAUUGUUAAAAUAAAACCCUUAAAAUAA